AUGAAGGCAAUUACUCAAGUUGUGCUUGAUAACAAAGCCGAUUUAGGGAUCAUCUUUGACACUGAUGUUGAUAGAUCUGCUGAUGCGGAUUCCACUGGCUGUGAGUUUAACCGGAAUCGUUUGAUUGCUUUGAUGACUGCUAUUGUUUUAGAAGAAGUAAUUGUGAACUUGACCCUCAUUGAUCUUCCUGGUUUGACAAAAGUAAUUGUUGUUCAACUACAUGACCUGGUGAUUCCAGAUACAAACUUUCAGAAUGAACUCAAAGGACUGAUGGUGUUGGCAUGUGAUGUUUUUGAUCUUCCCAUUCGGAAGGAUAUUAUCCACUGUGUUGUAAGAUGGCAGCUUGCAAAAAGGCAAUAG